AUGGACGUAGAUUGCGAGUUAGACAGUGACCUUUUAACGAAGUUCAGCUGUCUGGGAACGACAGACCGCGAUGUGCUUAUAAAUGAACUGCAAAGAUUGUUGGACUUCCAACUCAAUCCGUCAGGUUGUGCUUUCUUCCUUGAUAUGACAAAUUGGUAAGCCUGAUUAUCGACACUGAUUAUUACAUGUGAUUUUUCGUUCUCGAAUGUUUACAGCUUGUAUUUUCUAAAAAUUGAAAAUUCUAAUAUGUGGUUUUCUUUUAACGCCAUUUCCUUCGUCCCAAGGAAUCUACAGGUAAGCUGACAGUAAACUUAUCUUUAUUAAUAUGUAACUUACAAAAGCUUUGCUAAGCAAAAUAGGUUAAGUUUUGCUAAAAACAUGAUACAUUGUGUAUGUUUUGUUUAGAACUUAAAUAAUCUGAUAAAACAGUAUUAAUAAAUCGUCUUUUUUCGUUGGUUAUAUUUUCUUAUCAAAAUGACUACGCUGCGAAUAUUUGGGUAUUUUUAUUGUUAAUGUUAAUUUUGUGGCUAUUUAAGCUUUGAUAGGAUUCGUUGGUUAGACACAUGUAGUAAAGCAAUCAGUGUGCCACAGUGAUAAUUUGAAUAAAUUGGUGCACUUGUAAAUCACUGAAGUAGAUUUUAAUGGCUGUCUGGCAAUAUAUUUUGAAGAAUCACUCAUAAGUUCUGCACUUCAUGAUCAAAAAAUUAUGUCAGUUUAAUAAAUUUCUGUUAAAUUGGAAUUUCUAGCCAUAAACUUGCAAUACACUGCAAGGUAUAGCUAUAGUAUAAACUGUAUUUUUUUUUCUCCUGGUUGUCCAAUUUGCUUGAACACAGCCUAUCAGAUAAAGGUCCUAUUCAGUGCCUUCAUUAAAUCUAGCUAUAUGUAGUUAUUAACUGUAUGAAAGUUCACUUCAUUCAUCUUUUUGUUUUUUAAUUUCUCUUUUUAGGCAGCAGUAGGCGCAUAUUAUGAUUUUAACAGUCCCCAGGAAAAUCUUCCCAGUAUGGCGUUUAUGCGGGAUGUUACUAUAGGAGAAGGAGAAUCUGUCCCACCUAAUACAACUUUUUUAAAAACGUGGAAAAUUCAGAAUAAUGGUAAGAGGCUCAUAGUGUUCCAGCACUUUAGUUAGUUGGAAUGAGCAGAAAGAAAAAGCAAAGCUUCCAUGAAUGCCAUUUUUAUUUUACCCUUCCAAAACGAGCCUUCGCUGCUUUUGGCGUGUGGGUUCUAAGAAGGGUCAUGUGAUAUUCAAACUGGACCAUUAAGAAGAAAUGAAACAACUGGGGAAGGAUUCUUCUCACCUGAGUCCUAACCACUACCCCCACUUUCUUUUUUGUAUUUUCUUACUAACUGAGAGCCUACUUUGAACAGGCUAGGAUCUCAUACGGUAGUGUUGUUUUGAUAUAUACUACUUGUUAACCUCAUCUGUUCGGUCAUUACAGCAGACUUAACUGUAAAAAAACAUGUCACCUCAAUGAGUUGUACACUUUAGCCCACAAUACAGUCAGAUGACACUGGUCAGCAGAUGCCCUUUUUGACAGAGUGUCAAUUGACCAUAACAUGGAUUUCUAUCACUAAUGAAACUUACAGCAAAGUACAGCUUUGGAACAAGAACAUUUAAACCUGCGAUCGAUCUCACCCGGACUUGCUAACCCUUGGCUAUUACUAGCUCUGAAAGUUACUGUUUUCUUACCAGGUAAUAGUGCAUGGCCCAUUGGGGUUUUCCUAAAGUACACUUCAGGGGAUCAACUAGGUCCCAUAAAUAUGGUAUCAGUAAAACCUUUGGGUGCUGGUGAAGAAUAUGAUCUUAGUGUAAACAUGAUAUCACCUGGGAAAACAGGCAUGUACCAAGGUCAAUGGCGUAUGUGCACCCCCACGGGGCAAUAUUUUGGAGGUGAGUGAGUUGUUUACAAUAUUAUUUAAUUCAUGUUUGAGGUUAAAGAACUACAUGGUAGUACACCAGCAAACUUUCUGUGUAUAAUUUUCAAAGGUGCCAGUGGCUUUAAGGUGAUGUUACAUGAGACGAUUCGCAACAACGAAUGUAUUAGCACAAUACAGCAUUGAAACAUUGUUGCGCUUUGUUUCGAAUAGUUACAACACUGUUCCAACAUUGCAAUGCUGUGUUGUGCUAAAAGUCGUUGUUGCAAAUCAUUUCAUGUAACAUCACCUUUAGUGGCUUUUAUCUUUGCUACAUGUACAAUAUCUAUGUGAAGGGCCCCCAAAAGGGAUGUACAUGUAGCUAAGGUUUGCUUGUUCCCAGAAGAACUCAAACCUUUAUGAUAACAGACCAGGCAAAACUGAGAAACUGGAACAAAUUUACAUCUAGAACCCCAUCAUCCUGACAAAUAAUGUACUGACAUGUAGUGUAAACACUGACAGUAAUUUUGUUACCUCUGGUUCUGCAUCCUGCGUCCUGUGUCCCUGAUGCGUAAGAAUCCCCAAAGACACAAAAUUCUUCAUGGCAUAAGCGCAUGCGUCCCCUAGGAUGCAUAGAUGUAGAAAAUCCUGUUUGGUGUGAUUUCUGUGGCUGUUCUUGCGGCUGCUGUUUAACAACUCAUAUCUCUCUUACUCUUUGAUGUGCUUUACAACAGAAGGAGCAUAUUUUUUUUUCUGUAAUCUGUAAAACAGAGUUUUGGAGUCUGUGAUCCAAGCAGCUUUAACUUUUGAACUGGGACUCAUUGGUUCUGCACUAGGACUCAUGAUUUUUCACAAGAUGAGUCCCAGGACUCACCAGAUCUAUUUGUAACUAAUUCACUGCUCUGAUUUACGUUGUUAAUGGCAUUUCUGUCACUGAGGCACAGACGUCCUCUUGUGUAUUGUUCCAAGCAGUGAGGAGCAAGGAGAGAUGGCAGCUAUACUGACAAGUGACAAGCUAUUCUCUUUGAACAUCACUGUCGAUUAAUGUGCUUGAUUUCUUUUCCAGAUGUAAUAUGGGUUAUUCUUUGUGUGGAUGAAGGCGGACUUUUAGGAUUAACACAACAGCUGUCAAGUCUAGGAAGGGAAAUGAACACGCAUCAAAUUUCCAACCCAGCUUCCCCUUCUGCUAAUCCAUUUCAACUUUCAAGCACCCCCAUUGGAACGUCUCCACAACCUAUUUAUUCUGUUCCCCACAACAGUCCAGCAAAUGGCGCAUCAGACAUAGUACAUGUUUCACCCGCUAGGAGAUCUCUUUUUAAUUCUAUGGUAAGUUUAUCAAGAGAUUAUUGUCAUCUUUGCUUUAUCAGCAAGUUACUCAUGCAGGGUUCGUACAGAUCAUGGGAAACCUGGAAAGUCAUGGGAUUUAAGAAUUUUGUUUUCAAGGCCUGGAAAGUCAUGGAAUUUAAUUUUUGGUCCUUGAAAGUCAUGGAAAACUAAAGUUUUGUUUGGUAGAUUAGUUACUGCAGAGGACAAAGCAAGGAUAAAGUAAGAUAAAUAGCAGUAAUUAAACAGCAUCAACAGCAUGCAUUUUGGUGGAUACCAGAGUUUGUUUCUGUUGAACUGUUUAAGGUCAAAAAAUAUGCUAAAACAAGUAAAGUUUUGAAAAUUUUUGAAAGUGACAUCUAAACCUAAGGUCAUGCAAAACUAGAAAAGGUCAUGGAAAAAGUCAUGGAAUUUGAAGAACUUGAAAGAGUACGAACCCUGUCAUGUAUAGUGAACUUAUAUAGAGAUUGAAGAGAAGUGAUGAUGUCACAAAAUUAAAUUGUGAAAUAUUGAGGUUGGUUAGCAUAUCCAGAAAGAACAAGAUGGAAACUGUUGAUUUGUUAAAGAUCAGCCUGUUAGUGAAAAUUGGUGGGGAGAUAGACAUGUAAGCACUAGUAUGUUCCAAUGACACCAUAAAAAUCAUUUUACAUGUAAAAUAUGCCUGGAUCAUAAUUGUUAUGAUCCAAGCCAUUGUAUGUAUAUCCCCCACUCAUGUACACAAACAUGCUGAUUUCUGGCAAGAGGGCUUUUCCCUUUAGGAGUCUGUGUGGUACUUAUUUUUGUUUUGAGGAUUUCCAAAAAAAUAAAUGUGGAAUUUUGUUGUACAGUCUAACCUCUCCUUACGGACACCUCUCUAUUAUGGACAGUUCAUUUGGUCCCAGAAAUGCCAAUAAUCAUACACUCCCAACCUCUAUAACACGGACACCUCUGUAAAGCGGACAGUUUAUUUUGGUUCUGUCCCUUUGGUGUCCGUAUUAAAGAGGUUUGACUGUAUUGUGAUUUUUUUGCCAUUAUCCAAACUGAAAAAGCUCAAUGAUUUGAAACUUUUUAUUGUGUUGUGUUCAACUUUACAUUGUAUGAGUGUUACCUGGCUGCAUACAGUAAUGUUAUUUACAUGUAAGGGUAUAUGUAAUCUUGAUAUCUCUCCAACUCUACAUGUAACUCCAGCAUCUUCUUUCAUUGACCACAGUCUUUCAAGCUGUAUAUUUAAUUUAUUUUACUUGUUUUUAUAGGUAAAUGGGGACCAUCUAGAACCUCUUAUAUCACCCAGUCUACAAGUUGGUUCAGCAUUAAGUAGCAAAGAUGAAGAACGUUUAGUCAAUCAGCUAAGUGAAACAUCACUUUUACAAGACUCAGACCUGAAUAAUUCGUUAUAA